AUGGCAAAGAGCCUGCAGCCUUUGCCAAAGCACGCCGUUAGCCUCCUAACGUGGCUAAUACCCCACGGCCUCUUCCUCGAGAACGCUGAGCACCAGGUGGUGUUCCUCUCCACCGAGUUUUGCCGCAUCAAGCAGGGGAGCUCGUCCAUCCUCUCCUUCUUCGCACGGCUCAAGGACUACGCCGAUCGCCUCGCCGAGCUCGGCGCGCCCGUCACCGACCGCGACCAGGUGCUCAACAUGUUUCGUGGUCUGCACCCGCGUUUUCGCUAUGCUGUGCCCAUUCUGACGAUGCAGACUCCCUUCCCGGCGUUCCUCCGAUGCCGUGCAUUCCUGCUGCUCGAGGAGAGUCGUCUGUCCGCCGACGCCAACACUGAGACUGCCCUGCACGCUGCACGUGUGCCCAACACCAACACCAGCAGCGGCUCGGGCGGGCAGAAUGGCGGCCACGGGCGCAACGGCGGCGGGAACGGGCGCUACAAGGGCAAGGGCAAGGCCAACAACUCCGGCGGGGGCCAGGGCUCAAACUCCGGCGGGGGUCAGGGCUCGUACUCCGGCGGGGGCAGCCACAUGACUCGCCCUCCCACUCCUUCUGCGGCUCCAUAG